UUGCCUUCCCCACCAUCGCUGAGGACGAUGAUGACAAGAUCGUGGGAGGCUACACCUGUGCAGAGCACUCCGUUCCCUAUCAGGUGUCCCUGAAUUCCGGAUAUCACUUCUGUGGAGGUUCCCUCAUCAGCAGCCAGUGGGUCCUGUCAGCUGCUCACUGCUACAAAUCUCGCAUCCAAGUGCAGCUCGGGAAACAUAACCUGGCCCUGACAGAAUCCACACAGCAGUUUAUUAACUCGGCUAAAGUCAUCCGCCACUCUGGCUACAGCUCCUAUACCCUGGACAAUGACAUCAUGCUCAUC